CUCUCGACCUUGCAUAAAAUAGAAAAGAAGUUGGUGCUCAGUCUUAGGAGUCACAGACAUAAAUAUACAAGGGAUUUGUCACAAUAAAUAAAGCAUCGGAAUAACCGGACACAGGACCGAUCUGGAGUGCUGUUCUGAUAUAGCCUCUGAAACAGUACCAGCUCCACUGUACCUGUCCCGGCAGUGGAGUGGUGUGGUCCGUGUGACCGUGCGGAGUGGGGGUGAAGUGCCUCAAGUUCAUCGCCCUCAUCUCAGGCCCCCCCAGCCCUCGCACUCCUCACUCAGUUGUCCUCUCACCUCAGCUCCAGGGAAGAAGGGGCCUGGGAAGGAGGAGGAACUUUCAGCCGAGACCAGAAACAAAAGGCAAAAGCAUCAGCAAGUCAAGGCUUUAGUAGGUGAUCGACUCCUCGGCAACAACUCCGGCCUCCACUUGCUGCGGAUGAUUCACCUGUGAUGUGAGGCAGAUUUCAGCGGUUUGCUUACCUAGCCGCGCUUUCGCAAGAUUGCAAUGGCGAAGGCCUGGUUGAGCUCUGUGUCAGCUCUGGGCGGAGAAGCUGUUGACCUGUAGCCCCCCUGCUAACUGGCAAUGUCUCACAGCCGCUCCAAGAGCGAUUCUAUCAGAGUGCUCAGAACGGAUAGCGCGGAUUCGGCUUCGCCGAGGUGCCACGCUCAGCAUCAACAGGAUGCCGGAGAACUCAAGGACCAGAAUAGCACCACCAAGAUGCUGUCCAGUGCUACUGAGCUUCCAUGCUCCUUGAAGCGUGAGGUCCAAGUCCUUGAAAAGCGACUAAAUGAUCAAUUCGUCAUGCGCCGUGCUCUUGAGAAAGCACUAGGUUACAAGCCUUGUGCUAUUCAUGCAUCAAGUGAGAACUGCAUUCCAAAGCCGACUGAGGAGCUAAUAAAGGAGAUUGCAGUGCUCGAGCUAGAGGUCAUAUGCUUGGAGCAACAUCUCCUAACACUAUACCGAAAGGCCUUUGAACAACAAUAUUCCCCUGUGAAUUCUGCAUGUGAUGUGGAAAGUAACAAGCAGCCAGCAAGGUCUUUUUCAGGCAUACUAUCUGAAGCUUCAGAGCUCAACUUCUCGACCCCAAGGAAACACCAACUAAUCCAGUCCAGUCGAAUGGUCAUGGCACGCAAGUCCACACCUACAGCUUCUACAAGCGAGAGUAGUAAUGAAAAGGUCAAUAUUGGACGCAGCCAUUCCUCGCUCCUGCACCGUUCCGUUAGGGUAUCUCCAUCAGCAAACAACCUUGCUAGAGCUCUGAAACCAUGCCAUACUUCACCUCUAUCUUUUGUUGAGGAAGGAAAGUGCAUGGAUCCUGGCAUUGUGAGUUUGGCAGACAUCUUGGGAACCAGGGUUGCAGACCAUGUUCCUCAAACGCCCAACAAGAUAUCCGAGGACAUGAUCAAAUGCGUUGCGGCCAUAUACAUAAGGCUGAGAGAUGUCCCUGCCGUGCAGCAUGCCUUCUUCCCUUCACCGUGCUCAUCCUUUUCUUCAGCAAGUGGACUAUCUUCCAAAUAUACUGCAGAUAUAUGGAGCCCCAGGUGCAGGAAAGAGAGCUUCAUUGAGGCAUGGCAGGACAACGAACUAGGCAAUGGUGAAUCAAGGGAGCUGGGGCUGCAAUAUGAUUCUGUGAUAGAGGUGUCUGCUCUUUGCAAGGGUGAUCAGAGGUCUGCUGACGUUAAGGAUAUGUUGCGCAAAUAUAUGUCACUUGUACAGCUUCUAGAAAGUGUUGAUCUCAGUGGAAUGAAAAAUGAAGAGAAGCUUGCUUUCUGGAUCAAUGUGCAUAACGCGAUGAUGAUGCAUGCCCAUAUCGAGUACGGGAUUCCACAGAGUAACAGCAAAAGAAUAUUGCUUACCAAGGUUUCCUACAUCAUCAGUGGCCAAAGAGUAAACGCGGAGCUGAUAGAGUACCAGAUCCUGUGCUGCCGAGCACACUCUUCUGGACAGUGGCUUCGGCUGCUGCUCUACCCGAAGUGGAAGUCCAGCAGGGACAAGGACGAGUUGCAAGGCUUCGCCGUGGACCGCCCCGAGCCGCUGGUGCACUUCGCACUGUCCUCCGGCAGCUACUCGGACCCAGUGGUGCGGCUGUACAGCCCGAAGAGCGUGUUCCAGCAGCUGGAGGCGGCGAAGGAGGAGUACAUCCGCGCCAACGUGGGCGUCCGCGGGCGGGGGCAGCACAACAAGAUCAUCCUCCCCAAGGCCCUGGAGCUGUACGCGAGGGACGCCGGGCUGGGCGCGCAGGAGGUGGUGGCCGCGGUCGAGUGCCACCUCCCCGAGGGCCUCCGGGACGCCGUGCGCCGGAGCCAGCAGCAGCAGCAGCAGCAGCAGGCCGGGCGGGCGCGCGGCAGGGGCGGCGCCGGCCCCGGCGUGGAGUGGAAGCCCCACAACCUGGCGUUCCGGUACCUGCUGGCCAAGGAGCUGGUCGGCGGCGGGUCCCCCGCGUGCAGCCGGCAGCUGGAGAAAGGCGGCCCCGUCAGUGCGCCGCCGCUGCGUGCUGAUCUGUGAACUGGUGGUGAUCGUGAUCCAUCAGAUCGCCGUGGGUCCGUGGCCGCGCCGAGCCGAGCCCGAGGUGUAACCUGUAACGAGUUCUGAGAUGCGCGGCGAGGGCGGGGGCGGCACACUGCUGGGUGCGUAUGUACAGAGAGAGAUGGACCUCUUCUGAUUUCUAGUAUGCUCUCGGCUGUCAAAUUGUCAAUAGUGAAUAGUGGCACCUGAAUUCCCCCGCUUACCUGGCCCGUUUGGAAUGGAACGCAAGAAAAUUCGAAAGAAACUUUA